AUGGAUGUUCCUUUGUCCAAUCCUGGUGCUAAUGCGACAAGGGCGUCAAUCCAGUCAGCCAAUGCAGUCCGUUGGGCCCCGAACAAAAGAAGCAGGGUUUGUGAUCGAUGCAUUAGGCAAAAGAUCAAAUGUGAUCUGAAUCAACCUCGCUGCUCAGCUUGCGAGGCAUGUGGCCAUGCUUGCUCCUAUUCGCGAACGCGCAAGAAACCAGGACCCAUUAGGGGCUCAAGCCGACGACCUGGCCGCCCAGCACCGACGGCAUCUCCCACUGAUUCUUCUUCAGACCUUCAGGACACAACUGCCAUAGACGAAAGUUUCGACGUAACAUGGGAUAUAGCAUCUACGCCAGAGACCACGGGAGAGCCAAAUCCUUCGGUCCAAUCACUGAACACAUUGUCCGAAGCGACCAAGAUCCUGAAUGCAUUCUCUUCGCAGCUUUCUGAAGAAGCACGUCAUGGACUGGCCCACACCUUUGCGUCUACAGUGAACGCAUCGUUUCCCUUGUUCCCCUUAAACACUUUCCCCGCCCAGCUAAGAGGAGGAGAAAUAUCAGAGCUAUUGACAUCAAUUGUGUACGCCAUCUCUGCUAAGCUCACCGGAACAUCCCUACACAUGGACCUCGACGCUGCGUUAAGCUCGCUAGUUGAGUCCUCGACUGCACAGACCCCGAGAAUCUCCGAGCCCAAUGCCCUCGACGAGUGGCGAACCGCCUGUCUACUGGCUUGGUAUGGGUUCUAUCAGUACCAAGGCCAAAAGAUCGAUGACUGUAUCUCAAACCUGAUUCGCAAAGCAUACCACAUUGGUCUCCACCAGAUCGACAAUCUGUCUAACUUGUCCACCUUUGGCUGGGAUCUUCUGAGCGAAAGGGCUGCCGAAGAAUGGCGUCACGUAUGGUGGAGUAUUUACCUGCUGGACACUCAUCUGAGUUAUUCAACAGCAACUCCUACCCAGAUACAGCCUGACAGUAUCGGCACAGCGCUGUUGCGAGGAGACUUGACCAAAACAACAGCCAGCGUGCGAAAUGGCGCCAAGACACUCAUCCCCACCGACCAGGCCGAUCUGUGGAAGGUGAUCCAAGAAAUUGUCGCUGUCAGUGGUAGAGACAUUUUCGGCCUUCAUAUCGCGGUCAACGCAUUGUUGAAAGAAGCCAUAGCAGUCCAUGGCCGUGGCAGACAACAUCCUCGCUAUCCAACCCAGGAGAGAAUCUCAGAGCUGGAGGAUUGUCUCUGCGGCAUUCGAUUAUCACUGCCUUUCAACUACCUGCGGAUGGCGCGUGAUGUGGCCGGCGGCGAAUCAGUGGCCGGCUACCAUUGCCGUCUGUUGACUAUCCUCAAGCUCCAAUCAACUCAGCUGGUUCUCAGCCUUCCUGGCCGUCAACUGGAUGAAGCCCGGUUUCAAGCUCUCUGGAAGAAAAAUCUCGAGACCUGCAACCGCCUAUUCGAGAUAAUAUGUCACCAGGAUAUAGACUGUGCCUUCACCAGUGACCCGGAGCUUUGCAUCGUUGUGAUGGGCAUGCUUGCGCUUAUGCACUUGCACAACAUAUCUAGCGGCAUCUCAAACUCGCCACCGUCGACCCGCCGGCAGGAGGUUCUUCGCGUGAUUUUACAGAAACAUGCAAAGCAAUGGAAGCUGGCUCAAAUACUGCUAGUCACGGGGAAAGAUAGCUACGAUGGUCUGGUCAAGAGAAUAUCGGCGCCCUUGGGUCUUGAUGAUCUAUUUCAUGUCCUCGACCAAUUUCAGGGUCCUCUACAUCUAAAAUGGGCGAACUUUGUCAGAUCAGACCAUGAUGAGGAAUCGGGGAGAUGA